AUGGUCUCGACACGCUCCAAGAGCACGAUUGCCGUGCCCGCCGACCCGAACCGUAUCGUCGCUGUCGUUACUGGCGCGAACAGCGGCUUCGGUCUUGGUAUCUGCAAUGCGCUCCUGUCAAACCUCUCCGUGCCCUCCGGCUCCUCGAUCCCCGUCGCGACUGCUCAGGUCUCGGCACUGUCGCCUUCCCUGGCGUCCAGCUUCGAUGCCGGUGCGGCCUCGACUGCCUCGGCGAUGCCGCGCCCGCACCCUUUUCUCACCCUCGUUCUCGCCUGUCGCUCGGAGAGGAAUGCAAAGGAGGCUCGCGACAAGAUUCUGGCCCAGCACAGGAAGGACCUCGAGGCGCGGCGGCGAUCAUGCGUGCCCGUGCCAGAGGGAUGGGAGGAGAGCCUGCGUGUCGAGUACGAGCUGGUCGACCUCGACGCGAUGGGCGGCGACAAAGGCGUCAUGGCGUUCACGCGCAGGAUGAAGGAGCGAUAUCCGCACAUCACGUCUCUGUUCCUCAACGCUGGCUAUGCCGCUAUCAACGAGGUCAACAUCCCCCGCUUCAUGUGGCAGGUCAUCACCGAUGGACCGCUGCAGGCACUCCACCACCCGCGGUACAAUAUUGAGGAUGUCGGACUGCUGUCUGCUGACGGAGAGAGGGGGCGUGUGUGGGGAGUCAACGUGCUCGCUCCCUAUGUCCUGGAGCUGCAGUCUCUCCUCGCUGCCUCGCCGAAGGAGCUUCCGUUCAACCCGCGCGUCGUGUACACCUCGAGUAUUGAGGCCGAGGCCGACGGUCUGAAAGCCAAGCCGCUCGACGACCCGGAGCUGUUGACGUACGAGUCCUCCUACCGCGCAUCAAAGUACAUGGGCGACCUGGUCAUGACCCAGCUGGACCGCGACCUGUCCCCCUCUGGCGUGCGCUGUCUCGUCGCCGAGCCAGGCUGCGUGUCCACGAACAUUGCCGUCUCGGGUCUCGGCGCCUGGCAGUGGCUCGUCAAGAUUAAGUGGGCGUGCUACUGGCUCAGUUUCUGGCUCGCCAACCUCUUUGGCUCUCCGCACCACCCCGUCUGGGCCGAGUACGGUGCCGCGCCGAUGCUCUACGCUGCGCUCGUCGCGAGCGUGUACCUCUUGCCCGCGACCAAGGUGCCCGGACCCAAGGUGCACGUGGUUGCGAAGCGGUGGGCGCAGCCGGGUGUCGGGUACGGAGAGGUUGAUGAGUGGGAGAAGAACGAGGACGUCGCCAAGGGCGAGGCGGUGUACUGUGAGCAGGUCCGGCAGCAGUGGAGGCGGAAGGAGGGCAUGUAG